UAUUUUGAAUUGUCAAUAUUUUACCAGAAUGGUGCAAGAGAAUGAUAAAAUUAAUUAGAUUAUAAAAUUGUAGAUAACAUGUUUUUAUAAUUCGUUAAUAGUUUAAAAUACCCAUAAUGUUCUCCUUGGGAGGGCAGCGUGUCUUACAUAAGUGCCUCAAGAUUUUGAGGUUAACUGUUCUUGAUUUCAGCAACCUACCUGAUAUAAAGAAUCUGAACGUAGUCAGGACUGUGGAGAAAACAAUAGACAACAAUACGAGUAUAUUCGUUGAGAGCCCCAUACACGUAAAAGUUCAGCCCAUCGACGUUAACGAUUUAAAAGCACAUAACAAAUUGAUUAUGACACUCUACAGUCAGGGCAAAGAUACGAGCGAUUUCCAAGUGAAACAGACCUCUAAGCGUUUGGAACUGCUUAAUAAGAAUACUUCUCCAGAUAGGAACGAUGUCUGCUUAAUACAAGUGCCAUAUCACCUGAAAGUGCAGGUGACAACUACAGAUAAAGCAUCUGUGCAUUUAUCAAAGUUGGAAGGUGAAGAAUUUGUAGUCAAAACGGAUAAAGGUAUUGUUAAAGUUACUGACCUGAAGGCUCAGAAUAUUAAAGUCGAGAGUUCCGAAGGUGAGGUACAUACAGAAGGAAGAUUGCAAGCGAGCAAUAUAGAAUUGAAGACGGGUUUAAAUUCUGGAAUACACUGUCACAAUAUCAUGGCGAACACAUUUGUAGUAACAACACAUGCAGGACCAAUAGGUGUCAAGUCAUGUUACAGUGAUAAGUCACAUUUCACAACCCUAAUGGGCAACAUACGACUUGACCAUCUACACAGGUCUGUAAUGAUUGAUGUAAUACAACAGGGAAACUUGUAUAUAACAGCGUUCUCUGGCAGUGUACAGGCUUCACUGAAGAGUGGUGAAGUUUUUAUGCAUGCUUCACAAUUGACUGACAAAAGCAGUAUAUUUAUUCAUGAAAAAGGCAAAGUAGAGAUGCUUGUUCACGACAUAUUGAAAAACUUGCCUGCAACAAAUUUGAUUGCGGAUAAAAUAAAAGUGGAUGAGAAAAUUAUGAAGCUCGGUCGGUUCAUGGAUGAUUCACAUCCGCAACGGUUUAGGUUCGAAGGGGAGCCCCACAAUGAGUUGCAUAUAGUCUGUAAGAAUGGCUCAAUUGAGUUGAAGGAGACAAACUUACCAUUUCUCAUUUAAGUUGUGAAAUUGUAUCUCUAAUAUUAGAUAUUAUUUUUCCUUUAUAUUAUUUGUAUAUGAUGCUGAAUAACAUGGUUAUUAUUAUUUUAUAUAUGCAAUUAAAUAUAUUUCGCUAAUAUUGAUUUUGAACUUUAUUAAAAAAAGAAUGCAAUAUUGUUUGUCAAGUACUUAAUUUUAUUUCACAGAAAUAAAUUAUGAUUACUUAAAAAAUAACUGACGAUUUUAUACAAGGUACCACUUCUAAAUUACAUCACACUUUGGAGGGAGUGACAAAGUGCGACAUACAACAAGGGGUUGGGGACAUCAUAAAUAUUGUGUAAAAAACUAUGAUAAUCAUAAUAAUGGUUAUAUCAUAACAUUUCAAUUAUAGUGCUAAAAAACAUGAAAUGUUAAUUAUUAAAAUAUGACAAGCUGUAUAAGGUAAGCGGUGGGAGGGGAAUAAAAAUGACUGAAAUUGGUGUGAUGUAACUUAAGGAUGAGCCCCAAUUAGAAGUCACAAAUACAACAAUCUGUUUCAAAAUGUUAAUACAGUACAAUACUAGGUAACUUUGUAAAUUGUUAACUAUAAUCUAGUUAUAUAUAAGAGUAGUCAUGAUGAAAUUUAUUGUUAUAUUAUAUAUCUAAAUUGUAUAUUUUUGAUUUAUAUAAAUACUGUAUUAUUAUUGUUAUAUAAAUACUGCAUGAUUAUUCAAGUAACAAAUAACUUUCUCAUGUUGUUAUAUUCUAUUGUAGGUACUAUCUUUUUAAAUUAUUGUAUAAUUGUCAUUUAGAAGUGAUAAUUAUCAAUUGUGUAUUUAUAAAUGCAUUUAUAUAUUAUUGGGGAUCUGUCAAUUAAAUUGUAUCAAUUUAUUUUUGGUUCCGAACAAUACUGUGUUUAUUAUAUUUGAUCAGGUUUCUUAAAAGAACAUCCUC